AUGUCCGACUUCUAUAGCUCUGAAGAAAUCUCGGCUGCCCUCAAACAGAUCAAACACGACGUCAAUCUCCUAAAGAUUGAUGUUAAUUUCGAUACACCACGUGGUCCUAAAAAGAAAGACAAAAAAGACAAACUACGUGAGACCAUUCGCUAUUUAGGGCUAGUCCGCGAAAAAAAAUUAUCAACAGAGCUUCCUACAUACGUUAGCUCUAACUUACGGGUACCUAAUAACGAUUCUAUUCUUAAAUUUAACUUCAAUGAAAUGAAAAACGACAUAUGCAAUAUGAUGCACAAUCAGCAACUCUAUCUAUGCAGCAUGCUGAACGCAGCCCCUCGAGUCCAUAAAAGUGAACUUAAUACCAACAACACCGACGUAAACAAUGUUAAAAGCUACUCGGUAGCAGCAGGACAAAAACACGCCUCGUACAGCUCGGAUGCAUCAUCUCCCAAGAUCGUUCAUCCAGCUUCGGAGGGAACCUCGAAGCAGGGAACCCAAUCGCUGGUGGAUCUCAACGUUGAAGCUGCUCCUGCUCAUUCUUCACUUUCAACUCCUAACAAUAACAUCAAUAAAAACAACUCUAAUUCCAGUGGCCACGAAGGCUCUUGGAACACUGUUACUUCAAAAAAAAAGAGAAAAUACACUCCAAUUACUGUAGGUUCCAAACAACCUGGGUCCUUCAAAUUAUCUGCAGCUUCUUUGCCUCCCAAAAAAAUUGUUUUUGGGGUAGGUAAAUUGAAAAGCUGCGUCAAAGAAGAGAUCCUUGAACAUCUGGAAACUAUUGGACUGACCGCUGCAGAAUGCGUACCAGUCUUUAAAUUCUCUCCCACUCGUCCUCAACCUUCAACCAGUGAUCCAUCAACAAAAUUCCGCAUAACUAUUUUUAAACAUCAGGAAAUGAUUUUUACCAAUCCUGAAAAUUGGCCUAUCGGCGUGGAAAUUAACCCCUGGUUGUUUCAUGCUCGACCACAGCAUUUGAUAAAACCCACUACAACUUCACUACCAAAUCAUUAUCCUGUCGACCUACCAAAUGUUAAUACACCAUCGCUGGUCAACUCACAUCAGCAUGUAGAAAACACAGUUAAGGUAGCUUCCAUUUUAACUUCUUCGGAAGAAUCCACUCAGCCAGUCGAGCCAGUCACGAUGGGCCCUUCUCAGCUGGUCAAACCACAUAAACAACAACAAGCCUCAUCGAUGAUGAGUCCUCCCUCCGAUGUCAAUUCUGCGACAUCAAUAAAUCACGACAAUGGCUAUGAUCAACACUUUAACGCAUACAACACCCACAUCGACCCCACAAAGAACCUCCUAGAUUCAUUCACCAGACAGUCAUCCUACUACACCACAAGAGAUCUACUCAACAUUCUAGAAGCCAAGUACAUCAACAAUCAUGAUCACCCUCUACCUCUACUUCACAUAAACAGCAGAAAGACAUGGCUGAAUGACGAAACCGCUAAACUAGUUCGUAUGAAUGAUUACAAUUUUGUUUUUAAAAAUAGGUCUGACAGAAUAGGUGGUGGAGUCGGAAUAUUCAUCAGAUCAGGCAUUGAAUUUUCUAUGAUAAACAAUUUGCUUCUGAACGACACCGUUAUUGACCUUCUUGGUGUCAAUUUAAAAUUAAACAACACAUGUAAAUAUUUUAGCAGUAUAUAG